GCCCCCCAAAAUCACGUGGGUUCUUUUCAGCUGGGAUUCAAAAUGGCGGAGGGAGGUUUGUUGAUUGAAGAAGAAAAAUACGCGUGGUUAAAAGAUCUGGGACUCAAAGCUGAAAACAAUGGUGUUUUUAAUGGCUCUUGGGGCGCUAGAGGAGAGACUGUAACGUCUGUGUGUCCUUCUAAUGGGCGACCGAUUGCAAGAGUUCGUCAAGGUUCUUUAGAAGACUACAAUGAUUCAGUGAAGCUUGCAAAGGAUGCCUGGAAGUCUUGGGCCAUGACGCCUGCUCCAAAGCGGGGAGAAAUCGUUCGUCAGAUUGGCCAGGCACUGAGGGGUAACUUGGAAAACCUCGGAAAACUGGUUGCUCUUGAAGUUGGCAAGAUCAAACCAGAAGGUAUUGGUGAGGUUCAGGAGUAUGUUGACAUUUGUGAUUAUGCUGUUGGUCUUUCAAGGAUGAUUGAUGGAAAAGUUCUCCCCUCAGAACGUCCUGGUCACACGCUUCUUGAGCAGUGGAAUCCAGUUGGCUUGGUAGGAAUCAUUACAGCAUUUAAUUUUCCUGUGGCUGUUUUUGGCUGGAACAGCAGUAUCAGCAUGGUGUGCGGAAAUGUUAAUCUUUGGAAGGGUGCCCCAUCAACUCCCUUGACAAGUGUUGCUGUUACAAAGAUUGUCAGUGAGGUAUUAGCUCAGAACUCAGUACCUGGAGCUGUUUGCUCCCUUGUCUGUGGUGGGGCAGACAUUGGGCAAGCUAUGGCAGAGGAUGAGAGAGUAGAUUUGGUGUCUUUUACAGGAAGUACACAGGUUGGGCAGAAGGUUGGCACAACUGUGCAAAACAGAUUUGGGAGAAAAAUAUUGGAACUUGGGGGAAACAAUGCCAUUAUUGUAAUGGAUGAUGCAGACUUAAACCUUGCCAUUCCUUCAGUUUUGUUUGCAUCAGUGGGUACUGCUGGGCAGAGGUGUACCACAACAAGAAGACUGACAGUACAUGAAGAUAUUCAUGAUGAUGUUGUAGAGCGUUUAAAGAAGGCCUAUGCUCAAGUCAGAAUUGGUGAUCCUCUUGAAGCGGACACUCUGUAUGGUCCAGUUCACUCUGAGAUGGCAGUGGAUAUUUACAAAAAGGCUGUGGAUGAUGCUCAGAAGCAGGGAGGAAAGAUUGUGCAUGGUGGAAAGGUGUUAGAAAAGCCUGGUUUUUAUGUGGAGCCCACAAUUGUGACUGGUUUGGCCCAUGAUGCUGAGAUAGUACAAAGGGAAUCUUUUGUUCCUGUUCUGUAUGUUGUCAAGUGCAAGAGCUUUGAAGAGGCUGUUGGGUAUAACAAUGAAGUUAAGCAAGGCCUGUCCAGUAGUAUUUUCACAAAAGACAUUGGAAAGGUGUUCAACUGGAUGGGGCCCUUAGGUUCAGACUGUGGCAUCGUCAAUGUUAAUAUUCCUACAAGUGGAGCAGAGAUUGGAGGUGCAUUUGGUGGUGAGAAACACACUGGAGGAGGCCGUGAAUCUGGAAGUGAUGCUUGGAAAGCAUACAUGAGGAGGUCAACAUGUACAAUUAACUUCAGCAAAGAGCUUCCUCUUGCACAAGGUAUCAAGUUUGGUUAAUGAUUGCAGCUGUAGCUUAAAACGACGUGUCCAAGGAAAACAACAACAAAUAAUUGGACUAAAAAAGACCAAAACAGGUUCACACAGUUGGUCAGGAGCAUGGAAAAAAGAACUUGUUAGGGUGACUAAAAUGUAAUUAACCUAGUAAUUACAUGUAGUACUAUGUUACAAUCACUACUUAAAGGAAAUAUUUAAACAUUUUAAAUUAAAGGUUGUAUUCAAGUACUGAAAGUGCAGGUUUAGGAAGAACUGGUCUCAGAUGUUCAAAGGGUGCCAGAUGAUACUAUCCACAUGAUAGCAUCAUCUGAAAGAGUUGAGAUCUGAUCAAAGAAACUUGAAUAAGCCUAUUGUACCAACAGUAGUGCCAUUUGUUAGUAAUUAAAAGUACAAUGUUUGAGUGAAAUAAUUGCAGGGCAUGUGACUGGGUAAUAUUUCCUUGUUUUAAAAUUAUUUCCUGAACUUUGCUGAACUUAAAGUUUGAACCUUGUGGACCUGUCAAAAGUUAGUCAGUGAUUUUGAUAAAAUGUUGACUUUUGUUGAGUGAAAGAGUACUUAGCACAUUUUACUUAAUGUCAAGUUUUUCCAUGACAAUAAAAUUCAACACACUUGAACUGUC